AUGAAGUUAAAGAAUCAAAAAGAUGAAUAUGAAGCAAAAUUCGAAGAGCAAGCAACGAAGUUAAAGAAUCAAAAAGAUGAAUAUGAAACAAAAUUAGCUGAUUUGAAAAAGAAGCUAAAAGAACACGAAACAGGAAUACAGGAACUAAAGGAACAACACAAAACACAAUUAGAGGAGCAAAUGGAUCAAUAUGAAACACAAUUAGAGGAGCAAUUAAAUCAAUACCAAGAACAAUUAGAAGAGGAAAGAGCUUACAAAACAAAAUUAGAGGAGCAAAUUGAAAGUAUGGGCAAAAAUAUUCAAUCAUUGUCGUCUAAACUAGCUAAUUAUGAAUUUGAUAGUUUGGUAAAGCCAAACAAAAGAUGUUCCUGUGAUUGUUCAAUAUGUAAGGGAUGUCAAAAACCUGUUUUUUAA